GAAAACAAACUGCGGUUCGCUGGUUAGUUCUUCUCGCAACACGCAACACACGUGUUACUAGCAAACCCAAAUAUUUAGCCAUUAUAUAUAUCUGGUUGACGUGUGACAGUAGUUGCAGAUUUCCAAAAUGGCUAUUGAAGAAAAAGCUUUUCCUCGUGGUGGGGCUCCCGUAUUCUCAAACACUAAGAAAUCAAAUUUAUUUGAUCAAAAGAAAAAGAAGAUAAAGAAUAAGAAAAAAGUUAAACAUCAGGCAGUCACAGGGUCAGAUCCUAAAUUAAUUUCAUUGGAUGACUUGUCAUACAAGACUCUCACUGAGGGAAUGAUAGUAUUAGGACGAGUAACAGAGAUCACCGACUAUUACCUCCAUGUUUCUUUGCCUGGCUUAAUAUCAGGAAGGGUUCCUGUCACACAAAUUUCAGAACCUUACUCGCAAUUGUUGCAGUCCAUGAGCCAAAGUGACGACAAUAUAGAGGCUCUAUGUCCUCUCUCUGAGCUAUUUUAUAAAGGUCAGCUUGUUUUGGCUCAAGUAUGGCAAAUUCGCAAAACCAGUGAUAACCGGCAUGUUAUCACUUUAAGUCUUGAUCCUCGAGUAUUGUAUACUGCUUGGUCUCAUGCAGCCAUGGCAAAGAAGGGUCUUAUAAUCACAGCGGCUGUCAAAAGUAAAGAGGAACAUGGAUAUGUAAUGGAUUGUGGUGUAAAUGGUUUAAGAAGUUUCCUUAAAGAUGACAAGGUUCAAAGCUAUUGUGACACAUUUAACUCUGGAAGACCCCUAGCUGUUGGUCAGUUAGUGCGAACUGUUGUUGUCAAAGGGGAACCAUCACCAGCUGCUUCAAAAGUUGAACUCUCUGCUGACCCUGAUGACGUCUGCAAACACGAGAUUAACGGUUCUCAACCGGUUGACAUGCAACAUAUUAUGCCCGGAAUGAGGUUUAAAUUAUCUGUUGCUGAUUCCAUGCGUGAUGGGGUGAUGGUUAAUUUCAUGUCCUCUUCUGGUUAUCUUCACCGUAAUCAUAUUCCAAUAUCUAGUUCUGCAAAAGAAGCCAUGCCUCACCUAGAGCAUGGCUCCUCAAUUUUUGGACGUGUGCUGUACAUUACACCUAUUGUAAAGCAUGUCUUUUUUAGUGCUUUACCUUGCGUCAGUGACCCUCUGAUGGAAAUUCCGAAACCUUCUCCUGCUGAAACUAAUUUUGGGAUUGGUGACACAGUUAAUUCUGCUAAGGUUACUGGAGUGAGCGGGAAAGGAAUUUUUCUGAACCUUGGCAAAAAGAAUAGCAAGGUCCGUGGUUUCGUACCAGAGCGCCGCAUUGGUUUUAAUUUUAAGGGUAAGGUAGAAGAUGAUGCUAAUUCAGCAACAAUGUUACAACGAUUGAGGGAUAAGUAUCCUCUUGGAAGCACUGUGCGAUGCAGACUGAUUCACUAUGAUAGCAUGAUAGAGACCUAUGUCUGUAGUAUGGAAAAAUCAGUUUUGAAUGAGAAGUACCUGACCUUUUCUGAUGUACAAGUCAGUUCUGUAGUGCCAUGUGUGGUGGACCAAAUUCGAGAUGGAGGAAUAGUUGUUAGAGUUGGCAUGUUGAAUGGAUUUGUACCAGCAGCUCACUCUGCAGAUGUUCCAUUACAUCAGCCAGCAAAGAAGUAUAAUCCUGGUCUCAGGGUUACAGGAAGGGUUCUGAAAGUGGAUCUUGAUAAGCAUAAAUUAAUAAUAACCCUGAAAAACUCACUUGUUACUAGCCAAGACCCCAUUAUAAUGUCCUGCCAGAGUGCUCGCAAAGGGACCUGUUAUACAGGCACUGUAGUGGCAAUAUCAUCAAAGGGUGCCAUUGUGUCUUUCUUUGGUGAUGCGAAAGGUUUCCUUGAAAACAGUGAGCACUGUGUCCCCACAGGUCAUAAGUUCUUCCUUGGACAACUUGUGAGAUGCUAUGUCCUCAGACGUAAUGAUAAUCAACUGAAACUUACUCUUAUUCCUCCAAGUCAAAGUUUUAAACUUGACCAAGCUGCUUGUAAAACGGUGUUGGUUGGACAAGCUUACACCCUUGAAGUCUUAUCAGUUGAAAAUGAUGGUCUCCAAGUUAAGAUAACUGAUGAGGGAGAGUCCUAUAAUGCUACUGGUGUCAUUCCCAUCUUCCAGCUGAGCGAUAACCUUGAUAUGUGCAAAUUACUUCUUGCUACUUUUGAAAUUGGAACUGUGUUGACGAAUGUUUGGUGCUUCAGCAAUGGUAAAGGGAAAGAACCUGUAGUGUUUUCAAUGAGGUCCUCUGUAACCCAAUUUUUCAAGGGCACUCACGGGAAAAUUGCUUCCAAAAAGCUUCUAGAGGCUGUCUGUCCUGGUUGGAUUCUACCAUGCUCUGUUCAAAAAAUUCAUCCCUCCUACCUUUUACUCCAAGUACCUCUUGCCUCAGUAUCAGGUUUGGUCAAAGUUAGCCGUGAACUGGUGUGUGAGCAAGAUGAAGAUAUUUUAAGUAUUGGUUUAGUGGAAGGCCAAGGAAUUCAAGCAAAAGUUCUAAAAGUUAUUGCUGAAAAAAACACCCUUCUUUUAGGGUGCAGGAAGAGUGAGCUUUGGGACGGAGAGCUGGAGACUUGUGUCUUGUACCUCUCAAAGUAUCUCUCUGAUCAAGAGCGUCUACAGGAAUAUGCUAAGAAAGCAGGAAGUCCUCUUGGAGCUUUUAAUGUUGGGGGCAAAGUUAGUGGUGUGGUAUCAGAAAAAACUGAUUGGGGUUUUGUGUUAAAACUUACAAAUGGAGCCCGUGGGGAAGUUACAUUUUUCAAUGCUGAAAGUGAUGACCUUGAUGUAGGAACUAGAGUAAAUGGCAAAAUUCUUAAUAUUGAUUUUCUGAGAGGGCAUGUUGAAUUGUCCAUACGUAAAGAAGUUUGUGCUUCUAUCCAUGAAAGAUCAUCUGAAACAGGACUUUUCAUUGAUCCAGAUGUUCAGCUUCGAGGUCCAACCCUCCUUGUAACUCCUGAAUUUAUUCUUAUUCGACUCAAAGGAGAAAACAAGCCUUGUCUUGCAUAUAUUCCUACAUAUCUGUAUCCUCAUGGCAAAUCAAUCCUCAGUGCACCAGAGCCCUUCUUUGGUAUUGACAGGAAAGUUAUUGUGAAAAGGUGCAGUAACGGAAUAGUUAUUUGUUUACCUAAAGAAGUAGUUGAGAACAGAAAGAAGAUAAUUAAACAAAAGGAAAAGAUUGAGAAGAAAAAAACUGUGAAGAAGGAAAGAUACUUUCAGAUAAUGGCUCCAGAGGACAUUAAAAAGGAAGAUGAGGAUGAUGAGUUAGAAUCAGCCCAAAGAGUCUUGGAUACACAAAAUGAUAUUAAAAUUAUUGAUGCUGAAAUGGAUGAAAUAAGUGAUCAGGAAUCUGUUGAUGUAAGUGAUGAUUCUGACAGUGACUCCCCCGACAAUUUGGAAAAGAAAUCAGAUCAUGAGAAAGAAAAUGUUACUCAGAAUUCAUCAAAGUUGGGGAAGCGAAAACUGUCAAAUGUUGGUCAGGAUCUUGAAUUGUCUGAGAAUAGUAAAGUGAAGAAAAAGAAGAAUAAGGAACUAAGCCUGAAUGAAUCAAAUGAUCCUGAAGUAGAAGAAGUUACAAUUAAGAAAAAAAGGAAAGAUGCUUGUCUUGAGGCUCUCCAAGAUGAUGGCCCAAGUGGGCUAGGACCUCAGGCUAAGAAGAAAAAGAAAAAAGUUAUAGAGGUUGAUCUUGAAAGCAUUGAUGAUUCUGCUUGUGGAGACAAUUUAGUGUCGUCAAAUGGAAAGAAACCUACGUUAGAAAAUCCUGGUUUUAUGUGGGAUAUUGACCCAACAAAAUUCAUGGAGGUUUUAGAACCGACAAAAGACAAUUCUAGCAGUGAUGAUGAUUCAGAUGAAGAUCAAAAUCCAAAGAAAAAGAAAAGUAAGAAGUCAGCUGCAGAGCGGAGAGAGGCUACCAGACUUGAAGAAGAGAGAUUACAGAAAGUUGAAAGAGAACUAUUGGAUCCUAAUCGUCAGUUAUCAUCAUGUGAUGACUUUGAUAGGACGGUUUUGGCUAACCCUGAUAACUCUGCAAUUUGGCUACGAUAUAUGGCAUUUCAUCUUCAGGCCACCGAAAUUGAAAAGGCUCGAGCUGUCGCUCACAGAGCUAUUAAGUCAAUUUCGUACAGAGAAGAACAAGAAAAAUUAAAUGUAUGGCUAGGUCUUCUUAAUUUAGAAAAUCUGUAUGGUACGCCCGACAGUUUGAAGACCACACUUGAUCAAGCUCUCCAGUCAAAUGAUCCCUACAAGAUACGGACACACAUGGUCAGAUUAUAUGCAGAAAAUGGUAAAAAUAGAGAAUUAGAGAGUGAAGUUAGGCUUGUUGUCAAGAAGUUCAAGGAAACUCCAGGAAUGUGGCUUGACAUAGGCACUGUCCUUAUGACCUGUGGAUAUAUUGAUAAAGCAAGGACUAUUUUGCAACAAGCCCUACCACACAUGAGGAGCAAAAAAGAGUCAGUAGAUCUUGUUGUGCAAUUUGCCUUGAUGGAAGCCCGAAAUAAUAAUAUGGAACAAGCCAAGGCCCUCAUGGAUCCAAUAUUAGCAUCGUACCCUAAGAGACUGGAUGUGUGGAUCGUCUACUGUGAUAUGCUUGUAAGAGCUAAAGAAAUUGCAGAAGCGAGAGAACUCUUAGAAAGGGCUGUUAGUCAAAAGAUGCCAUCUCAGAAAAUGAAAACCCUUUUUACUAAAUAUCUGCAGUUUGAAGAAGUUCAUGGCUCUACAGAAGGCCAAGAAAAAGUUCGAAAAAUGGCUGCUGAUUAUGUUAAGCAAGUUUCAGGAGAAGAUACAAAGGAAGAUAUUUAGUUCAUUUGUAUUCUUUAAUUUGACACAACAGAAUGUCAAUUGUUCUUUAAAAUAUUACUGAUUAACAAUAAAACAAUUCAUGAAAACAGUUA